GUCGGCCAUUUAGCUGCAGCAGCAGCAGCAUUAACAAAGAGAGAUCAUGGUCAUGGAGAGAUCUCCUCCUCCGUCGUCUCCUUCCUCUUCCUCCUCCAAUUCCUCCAUUUGCAAGAGGGCGAGGACCCAGAAGGGCAGCAGGGCCACCAAGGCCAAGAGGCCCAGGAAAGAUCAGGCUGAUCCUCCCAAUGCCACCACCGGGAAGAGGAGCUCAAUCUACAGGGGAGUCACCAGGCACAGGUGGACGGGCAGAUUCGAGGCACAUCUCUGGGACAAGCAUUGCCUCACCUCGCUUCAAAACAAGAAGAAAGGCAGGCAAGUCUAUUUGGGGGCUUAUGAUAGCGAGGAGGCAGCUGCUCGUGCGUAUGACCUUGCAGCUCUCAAGUAUUGGGGUCCUGAAACAGUGCUGAAUUUCCCAGUGGAGGAUUACGCGAGCGAGAGGUCGGAGAUGGAGGGGGUGUCGCGGGAGGAGUACCUGGCCUCCCUCCGCCGCCGGAGCAGCGGCUUCUCCAGGGGCGUGUCCAAGUACAGAGGGGUCGCCAGGCAUCACCACAACGGAAGGUGGGAGGCACGAAUUGGGCGGGUCUUUGGGAACAAGUAUCUCUACUUGGGAACAUUCGAUACUCAAGAGGAGGCAGCCAAGGCCUAUGAUCUCGCAGCCAUUGAAUACAGAGGCGCCAAUGCUGUAACCAACUUUGACAUUAACUGCUACCUGGACCACCUGCAGUUACUGGCGCCACUCCAACAGGAGCCACAGGUGGUUCCAGAACUGAACGAAGAGCCUCAACACGACCAACGUGAAAACACGGUAGAAGAGCCUCAACUUGACCAAAGUGAAAACAUGGUCGAAGAGCCCGAUUCAAGCCAAGUGAGGACACCUAGUGACAUUGCAGAGCCCCUUGCAGUCGAUGAUGGGAUCGAAGAGAGCUUAUGGAGCACUUGCAUGGAUUAUGAACUGGAUACUAUGCCAAGAUCUAACUUCAGCAGCUCAAUCAAUCUGAGCGAGUGGUUCAAUGACGCAGCCUUCGAGAGCAACAUUGGGUGCCUGUUCGAAGGGUGUUCUGCGGUUGACGAUGGCAGCAAGGAUGGUGAAGGUCUGACAGAAUUCAGUUUGUUUGGAGAAGGUGAUGACAAGCUGAAGGAUGUGUCAGACAUGGAAGAGGGAAUACAUCCUCCGGCAAUGAUCAGUGUGUGCAAUUAAUUGAGUCUCCCUGUGCGUGCAUGUGUCUGUGACAUACCCAAGGAGGUUUUCACUUUUCAGGUGUCCUUUCUUGGGUAUACUCAAUUGUCUAAUGCCAUAAUGCCACUGCAGUAAAGACGAUGAACUUCUUGUAGACUGCCUGCUCAAGUGGGGGGCUUAGAAAAGAGGGAGAUUCUGAGAGAAAGCCCCAUGGCAUUCAACUUGGCAUUAGACAAAUGUAUUAUUGUUCUUUAAUUCUUUGAAUUUCCUCCAGGCUGCUUGACUAACCUUAAUAGAUUGUCUCAUUUAGAUUCAACUAAUCACAUUCUGAUUAACCUGAAGUGUGAUUAAUGGUUGUGUAGUAUCACUGUUUUCCAAGGAAUGCAGCAUACAUUUGUUUGUUUC